AUGAGCGCGACGGCGGCGGCGGCCCUCGCUGAGGGGGCGGCCCUGGCUGAGGGGGCCGCCGUGCCCUACGCGGUGGAGCUGGGGCUGACCGUGCUCCACACGGCGCUCUACGCCGCCCUCUUCCUCUUCGCCUACCUGCAGCUCUGGCUGCUCCUCUACUACCGGGAGCGGCGGCUGAGCUACCACACGCUCUGCCUCUUCCUCUGCCUGCUCUGGGCAGCCCUCAGGACCACCCUCUUCUCCUUCUACCUGCAGAACUCCCUGCAGGCCCUCCGCCUCCAGCAGCCCUUUGCCCACUGGCUCCUCUACUGCCUGCCCGGCUGCCUGCUCUUCUCCAGCCUCUGCCUCCUCAACCUCUAUUUCGCUGAGGUCAUAUUCAAAGUGAAAUGUGCAGCUGAAUUCAACAAGUACAAGGUCCUGUUGUAUCUGGGCUCCAUAUUCACCAGCCUCCUCUUCUUAGUUGUGAACUUAACCUGUGCAAUGCUAAUCCAUGGUGAAGUCCCGGAGAACCAGCUGAGGUGGACAGUCCUUGCCCGUGCCCUAGUCAAUGACAGCCUCUUCAUCCUCUGUGCCAUCUCGCUGGCUUGCUGCAUGUGCAAACUGGGAAAGAUGUCUUCAGCGAAUGUCUACCUCGAGUCUAAGGGAACAUCUGUCUGCCAGGCUAUUCUUGUGGGAUCUGUAGUCGCUCUUCUGUAUUCCUCAAGGGCUUGCUAUAACCUGGUAGCUGUGGCCAUAUCUCCAGACAAUGUUCCUGGUCCUUUUAACUAUGGCUGGGACAACCUUUCAGACAAGGUGCAUGUGGAAGUGAGCAGUGAAGAGUAUGUGGUGUUUGGAGUGGUCCUCUUCCUCUGGGAGCUGGUGCCAACGACUUUCGUGGUGCUGUUCUUCCGGGCUCAGAGACUGAGUCAGAACUUGGCUCCAGCGGGGAUGGUCAAUAGUCACAGCUACAGCUCCAGAGCCUACUUCUUUGACAAUCCGAGGCGCUACGACAGCGAUGAUGACUUGUCACGGCUUGGGGCCAGAGAAGGAGGCUUGGCCACCCCUCAGUGCUCUGGCUGCUAUGGGUCCCUGGCUGGGAAUGACAGCUACACGGUGGGUCCCCAGCUCAGCGGAACCGCUACAGACAGUGCCCCCUUGCUCUUUGCCGCGGGCGGCUCGGAGAUGAAUAAUCACCAUAGCUCAUACCCUGCGCCACAGAACUGA